ACUGCUUUUCUAGUCGUCCUGCCAAGCUCCGACGUUCAUUCCAGGCAGAUCCGCCAAAGCUAAAAGGACGCGAGCAAAUCGCGUUUACAGCUUUCAAAAGGACGAAGAGAAAAUCAUUCGAACCAAGUUCGACCAAGUUCAAACUCGUCCAUUCUAUCUUUGUGGUCUAGAUAGAUAUUAAGAUGUUUAAUAGUUGGGCGUAUUUGUUGAUACUUUGCACUUUAACUGCUCAAAGUUUUUCUUUACCAACGAGUUUGAAUAAGGAUGCGAAGACAACUGAUCAAAUAACGAGAACAAAACGUGAGCAACAUCAUCCAAUAGAAUCGAACAAAAAUUUUGCAAAAGAUAUCACAAAAUUUGUAUCUUUAGCAAAACGAGCUCAGGAAACGUUGAUGUUUGGAAAUCAACAAAAUCGACAGCCCGAAAAUAGAGGCAACCCGUAUGUUUCAAGCACAGAAAAAAGGGCAUUAAACGCGGCAGGAUUAGAUAAUUUAAAGAUGUCCCUUACGAAAGAGAACAAGUUUCCUAAUACAAAAUCUUUGAAAGAAAGAAAUUCAUUGGACGAGCGCGAAGUAUACAAUCCACAUGAUAAUAAAAAUUACGAAUAUGGAAAAGUCAUAGUGACCGAAGAAGGUGACGAGAUUCCUCAAGUAUCAGAUGUAGCAUCUUAUAAUCGUUAUUAUAUGAACGACGAUCGACGAAAACGAUUAGAAAAAUUAAUUCCAAAUAUUCGUACAACAACUGUUCCACCAUCAUGCACGGAAUAUCACAUGGCAUAUCCAACCCAGAACUCGCCGAUUCAAACGAAAAAAAGCAUUCCUAUCUACGCGGAACCACGUUAUAAACGCGAAGUGGAAAUUCACCCUGAACCUGUAUGGAAUCUUUUAUCAAUGUGGGGAAACGGACAUCGCAACAGAUAUACAAACGAGGAUUACGAUAACGAAGACGAUGGUGACCUGAUGGAAGAUGAAGAUCCCAGAAAUGCUCUAGCUUGGAUGAAUGCUCCUGGAUAUUCUUCGUAUCGUUAUGGUGCAGAUACCCUUCCACCUUCUGAAAUCGGUAUCGUGCACACUCAUCCAUCUGCUUAUUACGAUCAAUAUGAAAAUCAAUAUGGACAACAGUACGAUAAUGGUGUACAUCCUUAUAUCAAUCAAUAUGGAUCUCUUUAUUCUCAAGAUUCAUAUUAUCCUACAGAAAGGAAAUAUAUGACUGCAAAAAAACGAGCACCGAGUUAUGAUUCGUACGUAAACGUUGUUCCACUACAAAUGGGCAUCCAACCGCGUGGUUAUCCUCCUUAUCCUCAUCAUAUGGUUUAUUAAAUUUAAUUAAUCUAAAUUAAAAACAUAUUUGUGUGUGAAGAAUUUUGAAUUUAUCAUCGGGAAUAUUGGACAAAGAAAAAAAAGAGAGUUUGUUACGUGCAAGCUCACUAUUAUUUGGACAUAAUAUUGUACGACACGUUUCUCGUAGACACUCUUACUCUUUAACUAUAUAAUAAUCCUUUAUUGCAAAUGAGGAAAGUGCCCGAGAGUUAAAGACUAUCUAUUUAUUUUAAGAAACACGGUGCUGGAAAAGACUUAUUUCAAUUUGCAAGAAUUUGCUGAAAUAUAAGCACCCAUGGUUUCUUUAAUAAACCAUGUUUGCAAGUUUUGCGUAUAUAAUAUAUGCGCAAGUGUAGGUAGAAAUGUAUGUAAAACGUAUGAAUUUUCUUAUUUUUUUCAUCAAGACGUUUUUUUUUU